GAGCAGCUCGUCUUGAGACUUUAAUCUUCGUGUAAUUAUGUCAGUGUCCUUGUAUGUGAAUUAAAUAUAUAAUAUAAAUAGGUUAUAUACGACGCAUAACCCGAGGGGACACUUAUAAACAGCUCCAGUCAUUUGUCUUAACCUUGGUUGCACUACGCUCCGCUGCCUUCACUGCGCACGUGCCCCUAACAGGAAGAAGCCAGAAGCAACAGAUGAGACUUCACCCUGCAACAGACACAUCGUCUCUUCGGUUCGGGGACAGUGUGUUUGCAAUCGGUCGAGGAAUAUUUCCGUACAAAAUCUACUUCUUUGGAAUUUGACAGAUACAUUUUGUACUCAUUCUAGUUUUAAUUCUCUUCACCCGAAGUUUUGGAGUCAUGGUCACUCUUGCUGCCAGUGUGAGGCCAUGAUCGAGUCCCGCCUGGUGCAGAACGCGUCACUGUUGGGUUCUGAUGGCGGAGAAUCUCCCCGCCGGGCUGCUGGAAGCUUGCGUGGUCAUCGGAGCCGCCAGCGAUAAGCUCAAAGAAGCGCACCAGUCCUGGCUGCAGGGCCGGGAGCUCCCCGCAGUCGAUGCAGAAGUCCUGCAGGUGCACGCCCCCCCCUUUGUGGCGAAGGAGGCUGCGGGGGAGGGCCCGGGGCCCAACGCUUUCAGCAGGGUCCAGCGGCGCCGCUCCUUCAUCAAGAAGAAGAGGGAGAGACCCGAGGGAGCUGCGCGCGACGCGGACGCCGUCCGAAAUGGCGAGGGCACCUCGGAGGACAUCAGCGUUCCCAAGGACAUUGACCUCGUGGCCCUGCCCCAGCUCUGCUUCCCUGGAGGGCUUCAGUUAUCAAGCGACUCAAGAGAAGACUGCUUCCACUUCCUGGUUUUCACUGACGUUUUUGGCAACCAGACACAUGGGGUGGUGGUUCAGUAUUACAGGCCUGUACAGGACAGUGUCCUGCACCAGAAUGGACACUGGUCUACCUCGAAGACACCACGACUGUACAGCCCUUUCGCGAUCUGUGUCAUAUCCAAGUACCCGUACUACAACGCCCUCCGGGACUGCCUCUCAUGCCUGCUGGUGCAGCUGAGGACGUGUCGCAUGGCGGACUUCGAGGAGCGGGUGAAGGAGUUUGCCGCCAGGCUGGCGUUGGUGCCCAUACCGCCUCCUGGACAGCUUCACGUGACGUUUAGCCUCCGGCCGCUGCAGAUCGUGCUGCCCUCCAGAGAAGACAGAGAUAACCCAGCCGUGGACCUGGAUCUCCACCUGCCCUUUCUGUGCUUCAAACCCAGGCAGCUUUUGCAGAUCGUGACCUGCAUCAUGAUGGAGCAGCGGGUGGUGUUCUUCUCCUCGGACUGGGCGCUGCUCACGCUCACUGCAGAGUGCUUCAUGCUGUACAUCCGCCCUCUGCUCUGGCAGCACCCCUACGUCCCCAUCCUCUCCCGCCAGAUGCUGGACUUCCUCAUGGCCCCAACCGCCUUCCUCAUGGGCUGCCACCUGCGCCACUUUGAGGAGGUUGCCACGGAAAUGGAUGACCUGGUUUUGAUCAACAUCGACGACGGGACGGUGUCAUCCUCUGGUUCUGAGAGCGUCACCAUCCCAGACAUCCCGCUGGUCGCUAAGGAGUGUUUCAUGAGAAGGAGGACGGGGCUUCAGGUCCACUAUGACCUGGAAGUCUGUGGCCUGGGGACCAGCACAGACAUUAACGAGCUACGGUCACAGAGGAGGCUGUGGCAAGAGCAGCUCAACAGGGAAAUACAGGCCAUCACUCUGGAGCUGAUAGUCAACAUCUUCAGGGAAGUGCACGAUCAUCUCAAUUAUGAACACCGAGUGUUUAACAGUGAGGAAUUCCUGAGGUCCAGGGAGGCUGCGGACCAGCACUUUUAUAAAAAGGUUCUGGACACGCACAUAUUUCAUUCCUUCCUGAAGGACCGUCUGAACAGGAAGAUGGAUUCUUUCACAAGCAUGGAGCGGAGUACUCGCUCGGAAGCACAGAGGAUGAAGGGAUCGAACGACUCCCCCCGCCGGCCCACCAUGCAGGAGAUGGCCCGCAAGCACAGCGCUCCCGAGAACCGGCUGAGCAAGCGGCUGGGCAUGAGCCUGCCCAACCUGGGACCGGAGCAGCCCCCCGGGCCCCUGCACACGCAGGCCUCGCUGCGGAGCCUCACCCUGGAGAGCGGGGUUCUGAAGAUUCCGAGGAGAACCGUUAAAACAUUCAAGCUCCCGGACUUUCCGCCGCCGCUGGCCUAUCAAUACGUUCAGAACUACUACGUGGAGCUGAUCGGCCUUCUGGGAAAAGCCAUCGCCUCGGUGCCCCCGGAGAACGGCGCCCUGCUGGCGCGGUACUACUACCUGCGCGGCUUCAUGAACACCAUGGGCGGCCGGCGCCUGGACGCCCUCAUCGACUUCCAGACCCUGUACAAGACGGACAUGGACAUCUUCCCCGGCGAGCUGGUGAGGUCGCUGAGCGACUCGCUGUCGCGGAAGGAGCGGGCGCAGGCCGAGCGCCUCCCGGAGCUCAAGCGCCUCCUCAGCCAGGUGAUGAAGGAGCAGGACGGCGAGCGCGCCGCCCGCGACGACGCCGUCAAGAAGUUCCAGCUGCCCACCACGCACAUGCACCCGGAGGACUUCCUGAAGCGCGUCCAGGAGUCCGGUAUAGUCAGGGACGUCGGGACCAUCAACCGGCUUUUUGAGGCGUUGACUGUAGAAUCAUUUAAGGGUUGCUUGGGUGGGCAAGGUGCCGACGCAGCAAUGACGGCUUCUUCCAAGUCUGUGUUUUACAUUGCUUCGGAUGGUCAGCUGAAGCAGGUCGACCCGGAAAUGUUCCGACUGUUCUACACCUUUUGGAAGGAGACCGAGGCGGAGGCGCAGGACGUGCACCUGCCCGCUGCCGUCAUCGAGCACCUGGACACCCACGAGUGUGUCUAUAAGCUGUCCUCCUCCGUCAAGACCAGCCACGGCGUGGGGAAGAUCGCCAUGACGCAGAGGAGACUGUUCCUGCUUACCGAGGGGCGGCCGGGCUAUGUGGAGAUCACCAAAUUCAGAGACAUUGAGGAGGUGAAAAUUUCCUCGGCACCCUUCCUGCUGCUGAGGAUCCCCUCGCUGAAGAUCAAGAGCCGCCUGAGGAGGGAGAUGUUCGAGGCCAACCUCAAGUCUGAGUGUGACCUCUGGAACCUGAUGAUCAAGGAGAUGUGGGCCGGGAGGAAGAUGGCGGACGAUCACAAGGACCCACAGUACAUGCAGCAGGCCUUGACCAAUGUGCUUCUCAUGGACGCAGUGGUUGGGUGCCUGCAGUCACAGAAGGCCAUCUUCGCUGCCUCUAAGUUGGCAUACUUUGACAGGAUGAAGCUGGAAGUGCCUAUGAUGGUGCCGAAAACGACAUCUGAGACCCUGAAGCACAAGAUAAACCCGUCUGUGGAUCAGACCUCCCCACAGGGCGUGGACGUCCUGCUCUACACUCCUGGUCAGCUGAGCUCAGAUGCAGAGGGGGAUGGGAACCCCAAGCUGUGGUGCGCGCUGAGCGAUGGGAAGGUGGUGGUGUUCGAUGCGGCCAGCUGGUCCAUGCAGCAGGGCUGCGUGCGGGUGGGCGUCUCCAGGCUGAACUGCAUGCUGGGAUUGGACCUGCACCAGGUGUGGAUCGGCUCCCAGGACUCAGUCAUUUACAUCAUCAAUGCGCGCAGCAUGUCCUGCAACAAGCAGCUGACGGAGCACCGCAGUGAGGUGACUGCCUUCGCCCUGGAGGGGAGGACCGACAAAUACAGUCCAGUGCAGGCCUACUCCUGCAGUAUAGAUGGAACUGUAAUAAUCUGGGACACCUCCACGCUGCAAGUGAGGAAGCAGGUCAGGCUGACCUGCGACCGCCUGCAGUCCAUUCAGCUCUUCAGCGGAACACUGUGGUGCUGUGCUCGAGACAGCAUCAUGGAGGUGAGGAAGAACGGAAUGGUGCUUCGGAGAGUGUCCCUUCCUGACGAACUCCAGAGCAAGCCCACUGCUUUCAGCAGCUUCACCUUCCUCACUGAGAGGGACCAGCUAUGGACUGGCUGUAUAGACAUGGCGGAGGUGUGCGUGUGGAACACCCGGGACCUGACCAAACCUUUCCAGAGGAUUCCGCUGCAGGACUGCAAGGGCGUCACCUGCAUGAUCAGGGUCAAGAACCAGAUCUGGGUGGGCUGCCGGGGGUGGAGCCACGGGAAGGCGAGAGGGAAGAUCUACGUGGUGGAGUCAGAGAGGCUGAGCGUGGAGAAGGAGCUGGUGGCGCACACAGACAGCGUGCAGGCCCUGUGCUCUGCCGAGGACCGCUACGUCCUCAGCGGCUCUGCCUGCGAAGACGGGAAAAUUGCCAUCUGGAAGGUGGAAUAGAGGAGGCCCUCAGUCCUCUGCUGCCCCCUGGUGUCCUGGAGCUUCGAGGACGUCUGGAGUUCAGAUUAUGCGAGGCGGGCAUGCCGUGAUUUCGGAAAUUCCAAAAACUAUUUCAGUGUCCCCCUGAUGAGACUCUUCCUGGGCCUUUAGCGUUAUGCUGGGGAGACAUGUUGCCAGUUGUCUGUGCACUACUGCACCCAUAUUAGAGACCGAGCUUCAUCUACAUAACUGGAGUCAAAUGGGCUCUUUGCUGCUAAUGGAGACUGGACACUGCUAUACAAACUACUUGAAUUGGAACAAUGAAGUACUACAAUGAGUAGAUCUUUCUUUCGAUCUCUCAUUCUCUCUUUCACACACGCACACAUACACUCACAUGCACGUGCACACACGCUUUACUUCCCUCCCUCUGAGUUAAUCUGGGGGAAAAAACUUUCUAUUUGCUUUCUUUAGUAUUAAACAUUUAUAUUUUAAGCCCCUAAGAAUUAUUAUCACAGAUCACAUAGUAGACUUUUAAGCCAUAACCUUUUACACAUAUGCAUCUUUUUUAUUAGAUGUAGUAUUUUUAUUUUUUGUGUACUUCGUGCUCACACAAAUAAAUGUAUUAAUUCUUGUAAACAUGAACAUCUCCGUGUCACCAACUUCCCCAGCAUUUCUGAGGAGCAGUUUUUGUAAGUAUAUGUUUAAAGGCAUACUAUGGAGGAUUUUUAGUCUUGCAGCGGUCCUGUGUUUACAAUCAAAGAAGUCUCCUUCAUUCCCACCCACUCACCUUCAUUUUUAUAGUUUACAUCUGUUUUUUAUUUUUAUAUCUUUUUUUUUGAUAGCAAGGAAAAGCAGUUCGAAGGCUGACUCUUUUUGAAUGAGCCUGGUCCGUUUGUUUUGCUUUGCUGUGCUUUGACCUCCACCAUUGCAGGAGCUAGUUAGCUACAAAUGCUGAAACUGAUCCCACCCCACAGGCCUGUAGCCACACCCACCUUUCCCCUCACAAACGAGAGCGUCACACCCAGAAACAUCCUGAACACAUCUCAGAAGAAAUACAGGCAGAGGAGCAUGGUUUCGGCAAAUGUGUGCUGACAGAGAUUGUUUGUGCCUCAUAGGUAUGACUGAGCAUGGUUAUUUUAUUUUUUCAAGGUAAGAAUCCUGCAUAGUAUGCCUUUAGCAUUUUGUUUGCUGACAGUGUCACAUUUUGCUUGGUCCCGGGCUGGCUCUAAAAUAAUCCUGAGGGAAACUUUUCUGUGGAGGCCACCUUUUCAGUUAUAUCCUACCCAGGCACAGGGGUGCUUAUGCCUACAGCUGGCUCUAACUUGGGCAGUUACUCACUUGAGCUCACACUGGGUGAUGCACUUCAAUGAAAUGUCAUCCAUAUGUACUGUAUUUGCUGUUGUAGGCACAGUUUUUUUCUUCAAAAAUGCGCCAUAAAAUCUGUCACAUAAAACCAUGUUUAUAAACCAUAAACAUUGAGUUGUUUUGUUUGUUAAUACUAUGUUAAUGUUGAUUAAUAUUUAUUACUGUUUCAUUAUUAUUAAUUAAGUAAAUAGUACUGUGAUACAGAUGAAAAUGUAUAUUAUAAUAAUGUCCUUUAUCUAAAAUCUUGAUGAAUAUUUUGAUAGCUGUGUUUUAAGGCAUAAACCUUACUACUCCUGUAGAAUUAGUCUAUCAUAUUAAAAACUGAAAGGUUAUGAAGGUAGGCAAAAUAAACUCUCACUAAGCUGUAAGCAUGUGUUGGUUUUGCCACCGGGGGGCAGUAGCAACCCCUUUGGCCAUCUCUAUAGAAUUUUUAAAAUGCCCAUCCAGCCAUAUUCAUUAAAAUUAGCAAGUAAAAUUUCUACACUUAUUUAAAGUACCUAGUACAUAUGGUUUUCUGUGAAGAUCAAUCUGUUUUCAUGUGAAAUGCUUACACAAUUAUGCAAGUAAUAUUUAUAAAUUCAGCCAUUGUAAUUAUAUAUUACAAUUACUGAAUUUAUAAAUGUAUAUUUAAUUGUGCAUAAUUUAAGGGUAGCAGAAUCGGACAUAUCCCUAAAGAUGUUUCUUGUCCUGAUUACACUUAAUUUGAAUAAAGAUAUUGAGGACAACAG